GAUUUAUCAAUUAUCAAAUAGGAAAAGAAGACGAACAAGAAAAGAAAAAGUUGAAGAAUAGUUAAACCCAUCAUAAAUCUUUUUGUAAAAUGAGUAUAAUAUUUCGCCCAAUACUUCAUUUCGAUGAUGGGAGCUCAACUUUGUCUGAGGGUCCUCCAAUUUUAACUAUGUGGUCGUUUUUUUUGGGACCAAGUGGACUGGAUGUAUGUAACUCGAUUGAACUUGAAUUCUCUGCAAUGUGAAGUUCCUCUGAACCAUGUGUCAAGGAAACGGUGAAAGAUUUGAGAAAAUGGACAAGCAGAAUAAGCCUUGUGUAAGCAAUCAGCCAUCAAUAUAUUAUUGGUGGAGACCAGAUGAGGGCAUAUCUUCUGAGCUGGCUGAUUUUGUCCUUGAAAAUGGCACCUCCAACACUUGUUACGCCAAACAAAGUAAGGAUGGCAUUACUGUAAAUAAACCCAAGUCUUCUGAGAUAUUGAGCACAAAUCAGGUCAUUUCAAUUUUUGGCCAAGUAUUGAAUCUUGCUAGUCGUCCUUUUACCUUUUUCCAACCAAAGAGGGUCUUGAACCGAGACAAUGAUGAUUCCGUUGAGGUUACCUUCAAUAGUGUGGUUGAAAUUGAUGGCAAAACAGUUACCUCACCUGAAAUUAAAGACUUCUGUGUUGAUUUAAGGACCGAUGGCCAAUGUUCUCCUAUGGUGCAGCCUACAUUGGGUUUGAAUUGUUUGACAGUAACUCAGAAGAUUUCUUUGUUAGAACCUUGUAAUUAUCAUUCCAUGUCAUCAUUUUGGAAUCUACUAAAUGGUGGUAGUGGCAUGCCAGCUAAUUCCUGGACAGGAAAAGGCCUUACUAGUGUACGAAUCUUGCACGAUAUGGGGAAGAUAUAUGGAUGGAUGAAGCGUGUAAGUCAUACUGAAACAUGCUACCCUUACCCUAUGAAAGUUGCUAAUACUGGAAACAGGGAAGCCAAUGUAUUACAGGCUAGAGGUGGUCUUAAUGAAGCAGGGGACUGCAUUUCAGGAGAUCCAAAUUUCCUUGUUCACAACUUGAUUAGUGAAACUUCAAAGAAUGCUCCUAUGUUCCAAUCAACCAAUGUAUCAUCUUUGUUCAUCCGAAAGUUGGAGAUAAAAAUGAUUGAAAAUGUUUAUAUGGCCUCACGUAUCCUUAUGUUUGUUCAAGAUAACAAGGCAGAUGGCAGUAUUCUAGAAAGCCACAAUCCAGAUAUUUUGGCGGCUCAUUCAGUACCUUCCAAAGAUGGUGCAUUAGAGAAUUUAGACUACGGGCAGAAGACUAGUAGCAGUGAACAACGUGAGAACAUAACCAAAAAGUCUGAUAAGCUCAUUGUUGAAAAUGAGUACAACAGAGAGGAUUCCUCAUUGACCCGUGAAAGAUCUUGUUACAAUAUUGGUAAACAAGAGCAUGCCUUUGCCGGGGCAUUAGCUGGUGUAUUUGUCAGUCUUUGUCUACAUCCUGUUGAUACAAUCAAAACAGUGGUUCAAUCUUAUCAUGCAGAACAUAAGUCUCUCAGUUACAUUGGAAAAUCAAUUGUCACUGAUCGAGGUUUAAGUGGACUUUAUCGUGGAAUCUCCACCAACAUUGCUUCUUCAGCUCCAAUAUCUGCUGUUUACACUUUCACAUAUGAAUCAGUUAAAGGAGCUUUGCUUCCAAUUCUCCAAGAGGAGUACCGCUCUAUUGUCCACUGCGUGGCUGGUGGUUGUGCAAGUAUUGCUACAUCUUUUCUUUUUACCCCAAGUGAGCGUAUAAAACAGCAGAUGCAAGUUAGUGCACACUACCAUAACUGCUGGAAUGCCUUUGUUGGUGUUGUUGCGAAGGGUGGACUGCGUGGAUUAUAUACUGGGUGGGGAGCGGUUCUUUGCAGAAAUGUACCACACUCGAUUAUCAAGUUCUAUACAUAUGAAAGCUUGAAAGGACUGAUGAAAUCUAAUGCUCAACAAACUACUUCACAAACGUUAGUUUGUGGAGGAGUAGCUGGAUCUACUGCCGCCUUAUUUACCACUCCUUUUGAUGUUGUAAAGACCAGAUUACAAACACAAAUACCAGGAUCUUUGAGCCCAUAUAAAAGUGUAAUUCAAGCACUCUAUGAAAUAGGCAAAAAAGAAGGCCUGCAAGGUCUCUAUAGGGGGUUGACUCCAAGACUAGUUAUGUACAUGUCUCAAGGUGCAAUCUUCUUCACCUCUUAUGAAUUUUUGAAGAGACUUUUUUCUCUUGAGGUGCCUCGACAUGAUACUGCAAUAGUCCAACACCGAGUGGAUGAGAAACUCGAAAGAUGAUUUAGCAAUACAAUUGUAAUUAUCUUCACCAUCCGUAAUAGCAGCAUCUUGAUUUUUAUCAUCGACAACCACGAUACCAAAUUUGGAUUUGCGCUCCUAAUAUUUACCAAAAUAUGGAGAAAUUUCUCAAAGGGGUGUUCUAGUACUUGGAGAGUCUCACUAACAUUGGAUUUCUGCAUUAACCACCUAAAUGGAAAGGGAACUUGAUGCUGUAUCAGAAACCUCAGAAUUGGAAUUGGUAUAGAUUCUUUUAACCAAAGUCAAUUUUCAGAUUUAAAGCAAUUGUGAAUCCUUGUAUGUCGAUUUUCAUCACAAUUGACUAGGAAAUACAUUUCAUUAUAAGCUUUAGGCCAUUAUGUAUACCUUUAAGUAAAAAUCAAUAAACAUAUUCAUUUAUGUAAUUAUUUCCUCUUAGAUAAUGAUACCCUAUUGCUGCACAUUAUUGUGUAGACUCAGUACUUUAGUCUCAAGGACAACUUUAUACAUUGUUCUCUUUUAUUGA